AGAGGACUCAAUGACAGCUAUGCACCAGUGCAAUCACAAAUCAUGAUGAUGAAACCUUUGCCCUCCGUUGAUGAAGCGUUCUUGAUAGUCCAACAGCAGGAAAGAAGGUUCAACAAUGGAAUAAUAGGCUCCUUGCAUCACUCUACAGACAACUUGAAUGCAGGGAGUGUGUUCUUGAGUCAAACUGGUAACAUCAACUCAGGUUCAAGGAAAGUUUAUCCUAAUGGCAACAAGAUACCCAUCUGCACUCAUUGUGGAUUUACUGGACAUACAGCUGAUAAGUGCUACAAACUACAUGGGUAUCCACCAGGAUGGAGACCAAGAAACAGAAGUAUAGGAGCAGCCAAUCAGAUUCAAGUAGCUGCUCAGGUUCCCUUAGAGGAUACUGUUUCCCUAUCUCAAAGUGAGUACAUGAUGUUCAAGCAAUUGCUCCAAAGAGAGACCACUACUCAGAGUUCACCUUUGAACAUAGGAGCCAUGCCACAGGCCAACUUGAUCUCUGCAAACUUUGUUCCCAAUGCUCAGUUUGAAGGAUCAAGCCCUUGGGAGGAUGAUUGGAAUGGCUAAAUUG